AUGUCUCGUGCGGGAUUCAGCAUCCGCAAACUUAUUACGCAACGGAAGACAUGGCCCGAGUCAGAUAGUGACAACGAAGAUGCCUUUGAGUGUUCCAGCGCCAAAACGAUCCGGAUGCAAUAUGAACUGGAGCAGUACCAGCAACAGCAACUUCAAAAGGAGCUCCGCCAUGCGCACAAGAGCCGGUCGUCAUGGAUGAGCAGCAACUCGUCGCCGAAGCGGAAAACGUAUAAGAAGGUCCCCAAGCCCAUCGUGGUCGUUGGACACGGCAGCAAUGGUGUCGUGGUGCACAGCGGCGGUGCGAGCAGGAGGAUCUCAACGCCUCUGCCAGCAUCGGCCCUGUCGGGUCUCGUGAGUCCCGGAACACCACACUCGCACUCUUCGGACGGUUCUUUGUCUUCUUGCAGUGGUGGUGACUGCAGCCAACGGCAUCACCGCCAUCAACGGCAUCAUUCCGACUCAAAGGCUGCCCCUUCUGCUGCCGCGGUCACACCUUCAAAGCCUCGCCUUUCAACACCAACGAUGACGGCUGGAUGGGUAAGCCCACGCGGCGGUGCUCUUUGUCCAGUGGCAACACCAACCUGGGCAACAAAGAAGCCGUCACAUGAUGGUCGUUCAUUCCUGAUUCCUGCCUCACCGAGUCCCGGGUUGGCUCGUGGUGAUCAGGAUGGGACAUCGUCUCCACAACCAACGUCCGCGACCAACAGCAGCCACACCUCACAUGUCAAAACGCCCACCACCACGAAGACAACUCUCAGCUCAGCCGCCAUCACCACAGAAAAGAAGUCGGCAGCCAUGAACAGCCAUCAACAACGGGAUCCUCGAUAUGGCAACAGCGCCGAGUCAUACACCCUGAACCCGCCCAUGACGCAAGACGCCAAGGACAGGAAGGUCGGGGUUAGGGAGGUUCUCAGGGCUGUGCAAAGCCCCUCAAAAGUAUCAGAUGAAGAUGAAAAUACCUUUGAAGGGAUCCUUGAAGACAAGGAUUAUCAGAACUGCGAUCACUUGCCGGACAAUGUCCAGCAGUUGAUCUGGGAGACCGACGAGGCCUUCAAAGCUGUCGGCACAGCCUUGGCGGAAGCGAGACUUGCUUCCCAAUCGCACCCUCAGUCCAAGGAGCUGCAGGAACAGGUACAACAGCUGCAACGAGCAUCGCAGGCAUUGCAGAUCCAGACCAAGAGUCUAGACACCACACUGUUGCAGACGCUGCCGUCCACCACUUACCAAGCCCCACUGUCCCGCGCCCGAAAAGAUUCCGUGGUGACGUCUCCUAUCUCUCCCACACCCGGCCGCGGGAGCAUCACCUCAUUCCCGAGGAAGAACAAAUCCCCAGUGUCAUCGUCGGACAACAUGCUCCGGUCGCCCACCCAUGCAACAUCUAUCAAAAAGGCCAAAAGAAAGUCGCCUGCAAGACCCAGGACGCCUCGUUCAGCAACAACACCAACACCAACCACUUCGACCUGGCCCGACACACCAGCACCCACUGCCAAAGCAAGCACCUUUGGCCCGUCAUCAUCGAGUGCAGAAAGUAGCGGAAGCACCGUUCAGCGGCAGCAAAACUCGUACCGCUCGCUUUCUCGGUGGAACCUGAAAGCAGACAACGUCACCGAGAAGCUGUUCAACGGGUCACGCGGCCGUUUCGGCUUCCACAAGAUAGAGGCUGAUGAGGUGAUAACGCCCGGCCAGGUCCAGCAGUACAGACAGAGCAGGAUCGCGAAGGCUCAGGCUGAGGCUCAGGCGGAGACCAGGAGGUCCAACUCCAACGAGUCGUUGCGCAGCACCGCCGGGAGCGUUGGAGGGACCGUUUCCGAUAGCAACAGCGUGAACACGCCUGUCGAGCCAUUCCAUCUGCAGGACUUGCCAUCGAGGAUUGGGAAUUCGGGUGCAAGCCUGGGAGUUCUGUCCCCCGUUGCCGAGGUACUGACACCGAAGUCGUCCACCUUUGACCUCGAUAAAGACGCUUCACGGAAGUCAGACCCAACUGAGCCCAAGACGCCCACGACCGCGAUGUGGCCUCCAAAACAGGAGCAGACGCCGUUGGCGACACCUCCUCCUACCCCCCCGCAGCCAUCGCCCAACGCCUCUGCUGCGCGUUUCCCCGCAUCGGUGCCGUCUCCAGAUGAAGACGCCACCACAUUCUUCAAAAGCCACUCGUUCCCAGACCCGCCAGUCAAAGACUCGCCGCAACGACCUACACACAAGCGCGGAAACUCGUCAAGUUCGCGCGUCCCCAUCCUGCCUACCAUCCCUGAAGUGCGCAUCACAUCGCCUCCAAGCCAGCAUAGCUACCCAAAAUCUCAGAAUGAGCGCAGGCCAUCCGAGAUGCACAUGGAUCAGCCGAGUCCACGGCUGAGCCCCCUAGAUACGCCGAACUUUGAGGAAGACGACGAGUACUUGUUCUUCAAGUCAGCACCGUUCACUGUGAACAUGCCGUCCUUUGAACAUGGGCGUAUCCGCCUCGCCAAGGCUGAUCUCGUCAACGCCGGGACAAUCAAUUCUCUCGAGUCGAAGCUGCUCUCCUCACCAGACGAGACACUCGACUGGACGGCGUUCCAGAUGGCCAUCCUGGGUGGUGCAGGGGACUUCUUCAGCGACCCUAGUGACUUCUGCGCUCGUGACGCUGAGGAAGAGCUGGUCGAUGACUUGUGCGACUGGCUCGAGGGCUUUGGGCUUCCCUCGGGGGCGCUGGGGGCGCUGGUCAAGUCGGAGGAGAAGGCGCCGACGAUGAGCCCAGUGAUGCCUUAUGUCCCGGCGCAAGUGUCGGCGAUCAGCCCGCCUGGGUCAGGCAGCCGGUCGUUCCACGACCCGUCCCGCAACCACAGCAUCAACCAUAUUGUCAACGGGAGCAUCUCUUCUUCAUGCUCGGGUUCGGCACGGUCGAGCGGGGAGGUGAGUGAGGAGGUUCAGGAGAUGCUGCAGGUGCAGAGCAUGCCGAUCCCGAUCAACUCUGAGCAUCCGUCGGGGUUCUGGAACACGCGCCCCUUCGACGCGGCACGGUUUUACACGGGCGGCGGGAUCAAGAGGUGGACCCUCGAGGGCCACCCCAAGAGAUACCAAGGCCCGGGCAUCGACGUGGACAAGGCAAACACGCUCCAGCGUGGGAGCCCCAAGCCGUCGCCCGAGGGAGUGGAGGGAGUGGAAGGGGGACGAGUCAAGCUGAGAGAGGGCGUGGACAGCCUCCCGCAAAGCCCGAUGCUGGAUCUCGUCAUGACGACGGGGGUGGACGGCAGCAAGGAAUACGUGCCCAUGGGCUACAACCUCGGGCACGACCUGGGCGACUUCCUCAAGUGGGAGUCGGAAAACGUGUACGCGACGGCGUUUUAUGGAUCCGACUGA